ACAAAGUGAAAGUACAUUUGUAAAAUAUUGCAUUAUAUUUUCACGCCGAACCUCAUUUUUACUCUAUAUUCAUUGAUGUGAGAUUGCAUCAUCUUUUGUUCAAUUUAGAGUUUUCGGGUGAAAUUAUUAUUUAGAGUAUUUUUAUGGUUUGCAUAAAUUUCCAUGUAUCAAUUUAAACAUUUUGCCGUUUAUUUCACAAAAAUCCUUUCAGUAAUAAGAAAGUUACAUUUUUGUUUUAUGAACCAGAUAUAUGUAUUAUGUCUGUAUUUGAAGGACGGGCCUUUAUUUCACAUAACUAUUUUUCCCGCCGUCCCAGCUUUAUUUCGUGCAAAUCGAUUUUUCAUGUUUUGCACGAUCUGUUUUCCCGCUCAGUACUAAGUAGUUUGCUAUAUAUUGACUGAAUUUUAAGUGACAUAUUGCAAUGCACUGGACGUUAUACAGGUCACUAUGACGGUGACAGACAAAUUAUAUUUGUCAUAAAAUUACAGCUUGUACAAGCUUCUUAUUUGAGGACACACCCGAAGAUGACACGGGCCCUCCACACGUAUGUCCAUGGCUAAAGGGUGACGCAUGCCCUUGUUCAGGAUCCUAUCAACUGUGCCAACACUGUAGGAAGUACAGUUACACUUGAUAAGAUUUUAUACAAGACGCCCGCCAUUGUGACGAAUUUUGUUCAACAACGCCACCACUUUAUUGAUACAUCAUGACAGAAACUUUACGGGAGAAAUAGACUGAGAUACGUUGAUAGUGUUUGUUUGUGCAGUGACUUAUCAUAGUAGUUUAUCAUAUACAAUCAUUUUUCAUUUAUAAAUAUUCAUUUCUGUAAAUAAAUUUGUAUAUAUUUUUCCGUACUGAGUUGUUGGUUGUUUGAGAUAGCAAUUGUGGUCGGCCUGGUAUCCCAUCGUAGUCCCUAUUGUGACAUUUGGUGACCUCGACGUGAUUGGAUACCGGUUGACUAUAGUUGUUAUCUGAAACAAACCACACUCAUUUUACUGCAGCUAGGUUAUAUAGCUAACACUAGAAACUUUGGUUUUUAUUUUAAGUAAAAAGUUUUAUUUACAAUUAAAAGUUAAAUUUAGUUUACUUAAAGGUAGUUAAAUUUUGUAUCACUUUUAAUUAUUUUUUUUUUUAUAUUUCGUGUGAUUAUAAUUUCUUAACAUUUUCAGAUUGAUACCGUGACAAAUGAAACGGACUUGUGUGUGUGACAGCUAUCCAGCUGAGAGGUUAUAACAGCCACACAGACCCGACUGUGGACGUUUGGACGUUUAGGGUGAGUUCGUUCCAUUUUCCUCCUUUUAGGUGUCACUUUAUGAUGAGACCACCAGUUUUGUAAUCUGAAAGUGACCUUUCGGUAAAACACCGGAAGUACAUAUAUACACACAUAUACUCUGCAAUGUAAGGUACUACCCGCCUUGUGUACUUUUUCUAGAUAAAGAAACUGUGUCUGUUAUCUAGGUGAACAUUUAAUUUAUUGUGUCAUUUACAAUUUUACUUUGUGUUUACUUUGUGUCUGUAGUAUAUUGAAACUGGCCAUAUGCCUUUAUAUUUUUGCACUGUGGGGUAAGUGCUACGCGACAUUGAGUUUUUGGUCGUAGUUUGGACUUUGAAGUUUAAAGUAUUUUGAACAGUUUUAAAUAUUGCCUACUGUCUACUGUACACUUAAGAUUAUUAUUAUACAACCUUAGUGAGAUACUUAGAUGAGUUUGAAACUUAGUGUUUGUAGUGGUGAGGUAUAGUGUUUAGAAUAAAUGAUACAUUGUUUAUUUUAGUACUGUGUACAGUGAAGGUACAUUUUGAUUAUAGCGCUAGAGUGAUAAAUGCGUUUAAUUAUAUGGUGUUACACUGAAGUGUAGUGUUAUAGUGCACCGUGAUUGCACUUAGUGAAUAUAGCGUUUUGUGAUUUAAGGGUUGUAGUGUUACCCUUUAAUGAUACUUUGAUAUCAUUGUUCUACCUCACGGUAAAGAUUUUACUUGUAUCCUAAAUUGUUGUUGUAGUAGUGUUACAGUGUAGGAAAUAUACAUAAUAAGUCAAGAUGACUAGUGUAAAUGAGUUGAUGAAGGUAGGUCAGGAGUUAGGGUAUACAGAUGAGGCUUUGAGAAACUUUGUUAAAGAGGAGCAAGCAAGGGAGCGUGAAGAAAGACAUAGUAGGUUAGAAGCUGAGAAGGAACGUUUUGAAGCUGAGAAGGAACGUUUAGAAGCUGAGAAGGAUAGGUUAGAAUUAGAAGCUAGGUUAGCAAAAGAGAAGUUAGAAGCUGAGAAGGAACGUUUAGAAGCUGAGAAGGAUAGGUUAGAAUUAGAAGCUAGGUUAGCAAAAGAGAAGUUAGAUUAUGAGUUUAAGAUUUCUAGGGAGAAGUUAGAAAUAGAGAUAGGAAUGGAAAAAGAGAAGUUAAGUAAUGAGGCUAGGGUUGCAAAGGAGAAGUUAGAUUAUGGUCGUCAGUUAGAAAGAGAGAAGGAGGAAGCAGAAACUAGGAAGUUAGAUACAGAACAUAAGAUGAAGAUAGAGUUAGAUAUGUUAGGUAAGAAGAGUGUAGGUAAGGUUAAGGUUAAGAUGACUCCAUUUGACGAAAAGAUUGAUUCUAUGGAUGCGUAUUUGAAUGUUUAUGAAACUUUUGCGUCUGCUCAGAAUUGGGAACAUGAAAUGUGGUCACUAAACUUACCGUUUCUGUUAAAAGGUACUGCUAGGGAGGUAUUUGAUAGGCUUCCAUUAGAAGAUAGGACGGAUUAUGAUAAGCUGAAAGAUGCUUUGUUAAGGCAGUUUGAGUUGACUGAUGAUGGGUAUAAGAAGAAGUUUAGGACUGAAAGGCCCCGUGAAAAAUGA